AUGCAACACUCGUUCAUUCUCAUGUCUCUGCUCUGUUUAGGCACCGGGCAUCCCACUGGCGCCGACAAAGAGCCCAAUGCACCGCGAGCCACCACACAGCAAGGACCUAUACGAGGCAUUUCCACGGACCAAUAUGUCAAUGCCUUCCUUGGUAUUCCAUAUGCUCAGCCUCCUGUCGAUUCACUCCGAUUCAUGGCCCCUCAACCUCUGGCAACAAUGUCGCCUGCUAUUGACCAUCCAGUGCGCAACGCCACUGCAUUUGGCCCUGUCUGCUACCAGUUCCAUUACAAUAGCGUAAUGGGUAACGCUCUCACUGAGACGAGUGGCCAGUCUGAAGACUGUCUUACUUUGAACGUCUUUGUCCCCAAGCGCAGGCCCUGUAAACAAAACAAGCCCAUGCCUGUCUUUGUGUGGUCCUUUGGUGGCGCGUUUGGAGAGGGCGGUGGCAGUAUGCCCAUGUUUAACCCAACAAACUUCGUGGCGAGGAACAAGGAUAUUAUAGUUGUCACCUGGAAUUACCGGACAACACUCUUUGGCUUCCCCAAUUCUCCUGCCCUCGACCAACAGAACUUGGGAAUCCGUGAUCAGCGUGUCGCCCUAGAAUGGGUGCGAGACAACAUUGCUGGAUUUGGUGGUGACCCUAACCACAUCGUACUAGGUGGACAGUCUUCCGGGGCAGACUCUGGUAAUGCCAUGCUGUAUACCCACAAAGACGACCCCAUUGCUAUCGGAGCUGUCUUCCAGAGUGGUACUGUGCAGAUUAUCGGUGCAUCUACAUCCAACCAAGACUCAGAGUUUGUCCGAGCUGCAAACUCGGUCGGAUGCGCAGACCCUGCGAACAGAAAUCGAGAAUUAGAAUGCAUGCGAAGAACUAAUGCCGACAUUCUCCAUCAUGCCAUCUCCAAUAAUACUCUAAACGCGUUUGGGGCGCCUCCGGGUGGCAGCCCUAUGGUUGAUAACGAGACCCUGUUCACAUUGCAAGAAUACGAUGCCCGUGGUAGGGCUGGUAGAUUUGCCAAGAUUCCUACAUUAAUCGGAAGCUUAGAUGACGAAGGCGAGGCCAUUGUAAAUUGGUCCAAAGAGUGUGGCAUCAACAAGACCACUGCCGCAAACAUCACGCCUAUGCUUCAGUGCAAUGUGGCCCUUGAAUCACGUUAUCGUCAUCUUAACCAAGUUCCCACUUGGCGUUACCGAUACAGGGGCAUAUUUCCUGGAGUGACGCCGUAUAAGUGGCUCGGUUCCUACCACGAGAGUGACGUCGCAAUACUGCUGGGUUCUUUUGACUCUAUCGCACACACAGAUAAAUCGUCGCCAAUCACUGCAGCAGCAUCACAAUACCUUCAACAAGUUGUCGCAACGUUCAUUCGCAACCCGACCAGCGGGUUAAGCCAUGUGUAUAAGUGGCCUGUCUACAACCCGGGCGAGAAUACAUUGGUUCAACUCUUUACCAACAAUACCAUUGGGGCAACUUUGACCAGUCCCAUGAAAUUCGAUACCAUCUGCAACAACCUGCCUCCCAUGUCGUGGGAAGCUGUUGGUGCGCCCGCGCCUGUAUGUUGA